GGCGUCAAUUACAGCCAUCAUGAGCAAGAAGCGAGGACUGGACCAAAUGGAGCCGCAAGUAAGUGGUGACGACGAAAGUUUGGAAAUGGCGAAAAAAGUGAAACUCGACAGCGCACAAACCAGCAGCUUCAGCUCACAAAGCAAAAUGAAGGAGCCAGAAGUACCUGAGCGUGAGCCCAGUACGCCAAAUAAUUCUCGUUCAAAUUGGAGGUCAGACAUGGAUGAAGAACUAACUGACGAUGAAGAUACUCCUACUCCGGAAGUAAUUGAUGUGAGCUCUGAUGAGUCAAUGGCUGAUGUGAUGGAAGAAAUCAACCAAGAAGUGGAAGAAGAAGAAGAAGGCGAAGCAGAAGAAGGCCAAGAAGAAGUAGUAGAAGAAGUAGAAGAAGAUGAGGAAGAAGUUGAAGAAAUUAAAGAAAAAGUUGAAGAAGUGAGAGAAGUAACUCCGCCAAAAGACUUGAUCAACGGAAUGCCAAAGUAUAUGAAGAUUUUUGACAAAGUCAAGCUUACCCCAAAAGACAUAGAGCCCCUACGGCUUAGAUAUUAUGGCUGGCUGGAGCUAGCAGACAUUCCGUUUGAUAAUGCUCACAUCGGAAGCAGUUACUAUCCUCGAGAAGUAUUCACCUUAGCAGCUGAACUUGUUCAGAAAAGGAAAAUGUUGCACAUUGCGGAGCAUGAAAUGAUGAACAUGAGCGGGACAAAAGGUGUCAAACUAACUGAAAAAAUGCUUGCCUUUCUCACUUUUUUGCUUGUAAGAAUCAAAGUUCCGUCUGUCGGCAAGGAACAUUUCGAGAAGGCCGGCUGGUUUUUGGAACACCUUGCUCCUGAUGAUGUGGCAAAUGUGCUGCUGGACAUCAUCAAGGAUUACUUCUCCCAUGUCGAUCUGUUCAUGCAAGGCAAGAAAACCAAAGAACCAUUGUGGGAUUUGUCGGAGGAGUUCUACGAUCACAUGUUCGAGUCGAAUCCAACUCUUCACACCGAUUGCCUCCUUUUCUUGAUUUCUCUGAAGGAGUAUAUGGAGCCAGAACCAGAAGAAGAAGAAGAAGAGUAGCUCUGAGGUUUUUAUCUUUCGAAUAUACUGCUUCAUAAGACUUUCAGUAGUGUACAACUAAGAACACCUUACAAUUAAAUAUUU